AUGCAUCUGCCGUCUGUGCUUCUUUCUGUGCUGUCGGCUACAGCUACACUCGCUUGUGACUCGUGCUAUGGACCUACAGACUACGACAUACACACCAGACAUGUACGCCGUCAGCAACCCGAAGCGCUCAAUGCCACUUCAGGCCCUCGAGGCCCUCUGGAAUGGGGUCAGAUAAACUUCCUUCACACCACCGAUACGCAUGGCUGGAUGGAAGGACAUCUCAAGGAACAGAAUUAUGGCGCCGACUGGGGGGAUUAUGUUUCCUUCACAAGACGCAUGAAGCAGAGAGCUGGCAGCUUGGGUGUCGACCUGUUGCUAGUCGAUUCAGGCGACCUGCACGAUGGCAGUGGUCUUGCUGACACAACCUCUCCAAAUGGUGUAAUUUCCAAUCGCAUCUUUGAAGAGGUGGACUACGAUGUCCUGGCCAUAGGCAAUCACGAGCUAUAUGUAACAGAUGUUGCCUACUUGCACUUCACACAAUUCGCGAGGAGGUAUGGAGAUCGUUAUGUCACCUCAAACGUCCAGAUUCGCAACAACGCAACGGGGGAAUUCGAAUACAUGGGAGUGCCCCAUCGGUACUUCACCACCCAACAAGGUCUGCGAAUCAUGGCAUUCAGCGUGCUUUAUGACUUUACCGGGAAUACAAACUUGACCAGGGUCAUCAGGGCUGCAGACUUGGUAAAGCAGCCUACAUUUCUGAAUGCUGUAAACACUACCGAUCCUGUGGACCUGUUUCUUGUUGUUGGACAUAACCCUGCUCGAGCCAAUGUGUCGAGUAGCACUUUUGGUCUGAUUCAGUCCACCAUCCGGAAGAUGAGGCCCAACACCCCAAUCCAGCUUUUCGGCGGCCAUAAUCACGUUCGUGACUUCGCUGUCUAUGAUAGCUCGUCGACUGCUCUUGGAAGUGGCCGAUACUGUGAAACUCUAGGGUGGGUGUCUAUGAGCGGCAUCAAUUCCACCACUUUCAGAGGCAACAUGAGACCUCGCGGGGUGCCGAACCCCAGUCGGAGAGCCGUUAGAAAUGCUACCGUAUCUGGAUCCGCCGCAACGCCCUCUGCCACGAACUCCAGCUCCAGCUUCUCCAGCUCCCUUGUUUACUCAAGAAGAUAUCUUGACUGGAACCGCCUGACAUUUGCCUACCACGCAGUUGGGUCGCAAGAUUCAACCUUCGACUACGGCAGUGGCCGGCGCGUUACCAACGAUAUCACGGCAGCCCGCAGAGAGCUAAACCUGACAGCUCUCUAUGGCUGCGCACCACAAACUUACUGCCAAAGCUGCAGACCUUUUGGCACCAAUGGCAGCGUCUACAGCCUCAUCUCGAUCGCGCUCGCAGCAACUGUCGUCAACGAAAGCCGUGCCGACAUUCCUCGACUAAUCAUCAUCAACACUGGUAGCAUCCGUUUCGAUCUUGUCCAAGGUCCCUUCACAUACGACGACUCCUUCAUCGUCUCUCCCUUCGUCAACCGCUUCCAAUUCCUCCCCAAUGUCCCCUAUUCUAUCGCGAGACAAGUCCUCGACGUGCUUAACGCUGGCCCUUAUCAAAAGAGGAAGCGUGACCCCACGUCUUCCAACCUCGGCUUCCUGAAAAGCUUCAACGGUGACGACGGCUGCGCAGACCCAACACUGUACGGCGCCUCAUCAAAGCUUCCAAGCCAUCACGAACACAAUCUGCGAUCUCGCUCCAUCACUCGCCGACAAGCUCCACCACCACUCGACGAGCUACCCCCCGGCUACGUUACAACUGACGACUUCGGCAGCGAUGGUGACGACACUCCUCACUCCCCCAUCCCCCGCUACCCCAUCCCCAACGAUGUUCAAGCCAAUGCUUCGUUCCCCACGGAUGGCUCUGAUCCUGAGAGCGUGGAUCUUAUCUUUCUGGAUUUCAUCGCUACACGUUUCGUGCUCCCGGCGGUGAACAGUGUGGGCGGCAACUACACGGCGAGUGAUAUACAGCUGUAUAUGCCCGCGGACUUUACCACGCAGGAUUAUUUGCCCGAGUAUGCACGCAGGUUUUGGAGUCAGGGACCGAGCUGUCCCGUGGGAGCAGGGGUGUCGUGA